GAUUACCCCAAUCCUAAGCUAAAACUCACCCUAGAGCCUAGACUUUUGUUUAUCAGAAUCUUCCCGACCCCGAGCUAAACUCCCCCUGAAUCUAGACUUCAAUCUUCCAACUCCUCGGAAGUACUUCACCAACUACUUCAGCACCUAGCGCAGUGCAGUGACACCAAAUGCUUGAUCACACAAGCACAAAACAGUAAUCUCUCGACUUUUUCUUUUUCCAGAGACAAUUCUCAUCAUAGAGGUACGUCCUCCAUGUAUACAUAACCAGAACUUGCUCUCCAAGUUCUUUCAAAAGCAACUUAAGCAACUUUCCUUUUUCUCCCAAGGAAUAACUCUCUUGCCUUUUUCUCUUCAAGUAAUAUCCAUUACACUUAAUGUAAAUCUUCCAAUAAACAUAUUGCUUCUUCUCCAAGCUUAACAAGCCCACGAACCUAUAAAUAGACACACAUACAGAUUACAAAGCCUCAUUCAAUAACAGUUAUAGAGCAAUAGAACCGAUAAAAACUAAAGAAACGAUAUGAUGUCUUCUUUGUCCACAAUAUCUCUUCUCCUUCUUCUUUCUCUUUUGUGUGCGGUCAUCUCGGUUGACGCGCAGUUUGUCGCGUCUUUACAGCCACUUCCGCUGCCAAUACUUAUGUCCGGCCCUCACUCUUUCGCCUUUAAUUCCACAGAAAAAGGAUUCUACACUGGAGUCUCCGGUGGUGCAAUCAUCAAGUAUACUCCCGAGAAGGGUUUUGUCCGUUUUGCACAAAUCACAGAAUCAUCGAACUCUUUAUUGUGCUACGCUUUACAAGAACCGAUUUCCUCCAAAAUGUGCGGCCGACCGGCGGGGAUAGCCUUCAAUGAGAUAACAGGUGAUCUCUACGUCGCCGAUGCUCUAUUGGGUCUUCACGUUGUUUCUCCCGCCGGUGGUUUGGCCGUAAAGAUAGCCGACGGUGUUGAUGGAAAGGCCUUCGAGUCUCUCAAUGGUCUUGACGUUGAUCCAACAACUGGUAUCGUCUACUUCACUUCCUUGAGCUCACAGUUCAGCGCAUACCAAAUGCAUCUUCUAUUGCGUCUGAAUGACGCCACAGGAAAACUCUACAAGUACGACCCAUCAACUAAGGUUGUCACCGUAUUGAUGGAAGGUCUAGGCGGCGCAGCUGGUUGUACCGUAAGCUCGGAUGGUUCUUUCGUGUUGGUUAGUCAGUUUACAAAGUAUAAUAUCAUAAGGUAUUGGAUAAAAGGACCUAAAGCUGGCUCUUCUGAAAACUUCAGCAAUUCGCCAUCACGUUUACACCCUAGCAGUAUCAAAAGAAUCGGUUCUACUGGAAACUUUUGGAUCGCUGCCGUGCAGAGGGUUACCAACGAAACAGCAGUCGCCAAAGUCGACUCUAACGGUGAAGUGCUUCAGAGAAUUUAUCUUCCUCUUCUAUAUGAUUUUCUUAGCGAAGUUAACGAGUUCGACGGUAGUCUAUACUUCGGGAGUCUCACUGAACGAUAUGUUGGAACUCUUAAGCUUUGAAACCUUGAAUGGAACCCAAGGGUGAACGAAACACAAUGGGAUAAAUUACCUUUAAUUUUCAGUUCAAUAAUAUUUGUAUUUUAUAAUAAAUAAAAAUAAUCAACAUGUAAUGAUAUGCAUAUGGUUUUAAUUUCCUGGAAAAUGGUUCAACCUCUUAAAUACAAUAUUUCAUACACAAACUAAUAUUAUUACCAUAGUAACAAAAUGUUUAUCAUGUUUUUUCCCAAAUUAAAUUGUAAAAUAUGCUGAAAAUGUAAAAUAGUAUAUAUUUUGGAUUCAAACAUAUAUAGUAAUACAAAAUAUUUUAUACCGCUUGAUUAGCUUGUUCUCUUUGAACUUUACAUCUGGCCAAAAAUAUGAGUUUCAUACUAAAGGUCAUAACCGUAUAUUGAUCUUGCUGAUUUUAUAUGAAAAAUAAUAUGUUUAUAUUUCUUUAGUUAACUAGUAUAAUAUGGUAAACUGAAAGUAGAAAAUAUUGGUUAUGUUCGUUUCAAUAAUUAUUGUUUGCAAAUCUGUUUGAUUUUCUAACAAAGGUAAACUUAUAGAUUACAAUGAACAAUUCAAAUUAUAAAUUUAUUUUUUUGGGCACCAUUCAAAUUAAAACUAUCAUCUAAUAUGUCUAAUUAAUUAACUAAAAUAUCAUAUCCUAUUAAUUGGAUAUGUAUAUAUAUAAUAUAUAUUAUUUUCUUCCUUACCAGGAGAUAAAUUACUAAAGCUGUUAAAAGUCUCACAUUAUAAUUUUGUAUAAAUGGUUCAAAACAUUUAUUAUGAAAUAUAUAAAUAAUCAUAAAUCAUAUGAAUAGAAAACCUCAUUAAAUAUAUCUUCAAAUUUAUAUAUAUAUUUAUAUUAAUAUCAUCAAAUAAAUUAUAUACCAUUUAAAAUCAAUAACUAUAAGAAUUUGUGUCAUAAGUGUUUUGGUUGUAGCUAUAAAUUUACUAAAGUAGAUUUGUUUGUAGAAAUUUUUUUCUGUAGUUAUGAUAACUGUAGCUUUAAACCAUUGGCUGUAGUUUUUUUAAAUAAAACAUGAUUGGUUAGAUCUGUUGUAAUAUUUUGGUUAUAGUUAUUUUAAUAUAACAUGUAAAUAAGUUAUAUGUUCUUAAAAAUAAUAAUAAAUAGAAUUAUCCAAAUAGAAAGAUCAUCUAAAAUAAAAUAAAACAAAAACCAUAAUCUGAAUAGUAAAAAUUUUAUCUACGAGAAUUCUAUAAAUAAAUUGCAAUUCAUCUAGAUAGUCUUCUAGUGUUGUCGAGAAUCGACUAUUUGGACAUCUUCUUGGUCUCCAAUCUCCUCAUCUAAUGUUGUUUGAUGGCUGCCACGUUGCCCCUAAUUUGCUUCAAAAUCAAAGAUUUGGUAUUCUUCAUUUUUGUAUAAAAGUUAUCUUUUGAUUUUUCUCCUUUUCAUCCUUAAUUGGAAAGUAAACAAAUCGUUUUUUUAUCUUUUCCAUAUUGUUUAUAAUUACAAUUUAAUGUAUUAGUAUUUUUCUAUGGCCAAAUAAUAAGGAAGUAUGAAUUUUUUUUUAAACAAAUAGAAAAAAAAGAAAUUUUUAUCGUUUUUUGUAUCAUGAAAAAAUAAAGCUGCAUUUUGAUUGGAAAAGAUUUGUAAAAUUUUUCUGUAACUUUUAACUUUAAAAAUAAAGGUACAACAUAAUUGGUUAGGAUUAGUGAUUUUAAAAAAAAAAAUAAA